UCACCCGAACCCCGAUAUCCUGCAGGGAAUGCUGCAGGGGGGGCAGGAGGUGACCCUCAUCCCGGACUCGGUGCCCGUCCACGACACGGCGCCCCCCGGAGCCCUGCCCCAGACGGGGCCGGCCCCCCUGGCCACCUGCCUGCUGUGUGGGCUGGAGCCAGCGUCCCUGCUCUGCCCCGAAUGCAACCAGAGUCUCUGCCCCGAAUGCGACCGUCUCUUCCACAAGCACCCAGCCCGAGCCCAGCACCGGCGCCUGUCCGUGGGGGAGCUGGGCUUGGGGGCUGGGCCCCCUGCACAGAGCCUGUCCAUGGUGCCAUCGGAGCCCCCGGUCGGCCGCCCGGCCCUGCCCCCGAAGCCGCGCCUGCCCUGGCGCUGUGCCGCCUGCCGUGCCCCCAACGAGGCACGGGCCGUGCUGUGCGUGGGGUGUGACCGGCCCCGGGGCUGCCCCACACCCCCCAACCCCCCACCCGAUGGGGACCCCCUCCGGGGGGGCUGGGCCUGCCAGACUUGCACCUUCCUUAACCCUGGCCCCACCGUGCUGUGCGCCGUGUGUGAGCGCCCUCGGCUGGCCGGCCGGCCCGGCGCCCCCGACCCCCAGCAUCCCCCGGAUGGCCCCCCGGUGCCCAUGCAGGCCAAGGGGGCCCCAGGCUGGAAGUGUGAACACUGCACCUUCUGGAACCAGCUGCCUGGGCGGGUGUGUGAGGUUUGCAACAGGACCAGCCAGCUUGGGGGCCCCACCCAGGAAGAGAAGGGACCCCGGCGUCCGGGCAAGCCCCACCCCCUCUCACCAGAGGAGGUGGAGCGUCGGCGGCAGGAGAAGCUGCGAGAGGACGGGAUGAAGCUGGUGGCCAUGAUCCGGGAGGCGGAGCUGGCAGGCGUGCCCCCAGAGGAAGUGGGGGCGGCACUGCGGUACUCAGGGACAGAGCUGCCCCUGCCCUGGCUGCGCUCGGAGCUGCCCGCGGUGCUGGACGCGGUGGUGGAACAGGCCACGGAGCAGGGGGCAGGCGCCGAGCUGGGCGCCAUCACCCAGCAGGAGGCUCGCGCCGCCUGGACCCAGAGCCAGGGCGAUCUGGACGAGGCCGUGAGCCGCUGCCUGAGCGCCCGGCGCAGCAAGGUGCGGGAGCUGGCGGCGCUGGGGUUCGGAGAGCGGGGGCCAGUGCUGCAGGCGCUCUACCAGAACGGGGGCGACCUGUGGGGGGCCCUGACGGAGCUGCAGCGCCUCCAGCUGGAGCCAUUCCACCGGCGCAUGUGGGAGCCGGCCGAGCCCGAGAUUGACUUCCACACGCCCGACCGGCAGGCGCUGCUGCGGCGGCUGCUGGCCUCGCUGGCGCUGCCCAGCUGGGGGCGGGCGGAACUGGUUCUGUCACUGGUGCGGGAGCAGGAGGUGGUGGAGAACCGGGGGAGGCCGGCGGCCUUGGCCGACAUCGUGGACGCCGUGCGGGCCUCCCCCGACCGCGACUUCAUCAAACGCCUGCUCAACUGGGAGUGCGCCGUGUGCGGCUGGGCGUUUCCCCGCAACCAG